AUGACUGAACCCCUUCAGCAAGCAACAGCUUUCGGAAGCACAGUAGGGAUCCAAACCCUUGCGACGAAUCAACAGCGCUCAACAGGCGCAAGACAAAAUAUAGAUAAUCCGUUUCUGACGUUCGAUGACACGAUUCCCGACCUCAAGACUCAACGUACUGAGCUAGAAGAGUAUGUGUGGGAAUUUGCUUCAUUAGCCGGUCUCAAAGACCGCUAUGAGUUGCUUCGAUUUGGUGCUCGUCUCGCUCGAGACAAGUAUGAGACUAUGAGAAAAUACGCGGAUGAGCUCACAGAUUCGGAAAAGCUGUUGUUGGAGAAGGAAAAGGAUGAGAGUACAGGCUUUUGGAAGCAGUCCAAAUUUCUGCGCGCGACAAUCAUGACCGCAAGUCUUGCGGUUCCAAUAUAUGCGGCUGAAAUAUCACCGGAGCAUAUACGUGGCGCUGUUCUGGCGAACUGGCAGCUUGCUGAUGCAGCCGGCAUCUUUCUCGGGUUUCUGGCAAACUUGCUGGUCGUUGUUUAUGUGGAGAAAGCGGAAUCAGCAUGGCGCAUUCUUACGAACACUGUGCUCAUCCCCACAGUGCCAUUGCUGGUGAUGAUAUACUUGAUGCCGGAAUCGCCACGAUAUUUGAUGAAGCAUGGAAAAUACCCCAAAGCACUCGAUGCCUUCGAACAGGUCCAGACCACACGUUUACUAGCAAGUCGGGAUUUCAUGUAUGCGCAUGCUCAGCUGGAUUUCGAAAGCCGACUCUUAAAAGAGGAGACAAAUGAGCUUGGCACCCUGGCCGAUCGCGUAGAUGUUAGCUUGCCGAGCUUUUCUGGAGAGCCAUCUUCGCCAUCGCCAAAUCGCGCACGAUUAGAAAGGGGUGCUGAACACGGAGCCGUAUCGCCAGGUCGAUUCGCGCUAGAUCCCAAUGUCGAGGGAACGAAGUUAGGGGCAACAGCGGUCCGGAACGAUAGCCAGCACCAAGUCAGGUCGCAGCCCGAGCAAAACGAAAACAGCAACAUUGAACUCGCGACAUUGAAUAGGAGGUGGAGUGACAUCUCCAGCCUAAACUUCGAGGUUGGGGUGAAACGAACGAAGAAGAACAACCCGUAUUCGUACAACAUCGGUGUCAACGGCUACUACAAGCGUCUGAGGGAGUUAUGGUCCAAUAAGCGGUGUCGACGAGCAUUGCUGUGCGCUUCCGUGUCCAUGAUCACCCAGACGCUGACAGGCGUCAAUACGAUCGCCUUCUUAGGUACGAUAGUGUGGCCCAACGCCGGAACAAACAGUGAUCGUACAUCCGCGAUAAUAGGUCUGGCCUUUGGAGCAGCGAAUUACAUGUUCGGGCUUCCUGCUUAUUGGUCCUCGGAUCGAUUGGGACGUUCCGUCAUGCUUUUGCUCGGCCUGCCAAACAUGGCAUGGUCAAUCCUAGUCUUUGCCUUCCUCUUCAAAAUCACCGACACGUCCGUCCAGAUACCAUUGGUCAGCAUCUUCGCGGUCAUCUUCGUUGCCUUUUAUGCCCCGACAGCCGGUACGUCUCCAUUCUCGAUCGCAGCAGAGGUCUUUCCUCUCGUAUCGAGGGAGGCUGGCAUGGCUGUUUCCGUCGCGGUCAACCUUCUGGGUGCUGGCGUAUUGGUCCUAGUCUUCCCAUUCCUGCAGGACAGCAUUGGGCCAACAGCUGCAUUCUCUAUCUUCGCAGGCUUGAAUAUGGUGGCGUUUGUACUGGUGUAUUUGUUCGUUCCAGAGACGAGGAUGCGGACUUUAGAAGAGCUGCAGUAUACGUUCGAUUUACCAACGGGAUGGCAUGUCGCGUAUCGUGUGGGGUACAUACGACAGCAUGUCUGGGCGAAUUGGUGGAAGUACUUGACUCGCAAGGAGGUUCAGCCGCCGGUUCCGUUCUACGAAUGGGCGCGAGUGACGUAUAGAGAGAUGGAAGGUGCCAGCUGA